AUCAGUAUAUAUAACUCCUGAUUCAGGAGGAGAAUGUGGAGUUCCUUAUGAAACUUACUUUCCCAUGCCAACCCCAGCAAAGGAUAAGCCAUGGUAUUCCAUAGAACAAGCAAGUGUUCACUUCACAGUAAUUUCUACUGAGCAUGAUUGGUCACAAAAUUCUGGGCAGUAUGAGUGGAUGAAAAAGGACAUGGCUUCCGUUGAUCGAUCAAAAACUCCUUGGUUAAUUUUCAUGGGGCAUAGACCAAUGUAUUCUUCCUCAGAUGGUGUCUUUAACGUUGAUGAAAAUUUUGUGGAGGAAGUAGAACCGUUACUCUCGGAAAACAAAGUUGAUUUGGUUCUCUUUGGCCAUGUCCAUAAUUAUGAGAGAUCCUGCUCGGUUUACCAAAACGAAUGCAAGGCUUUGCCUAGAAAAGAUAAAAAUGGGAUAGACACAUAUGAUCACAGCAAUUAUAGUGCCCCAGUGCACGUAGUUAUUGGUAUGGCUGGAUUUACCCUGGACAAGUUCUCAAAUUAUGUGGAUAGCUGGAGUCUAUCUAGGAUUUCCCAAUUUGGAUAUCUGAGAGGGCAUGCAACAAAGAAAGAAUUAAACUUAGAGUUUGUAAAUUCAGAUACAAAGAAAGUUGACGAUAGUUUCCGCAUCAUCAAAACUCAAGGUUCCUCAUGAAAGAUUGUGGUCACAGAGAGAAGAGACGGAUUACCUUCCCCCACCACAAAAUAUCUUGGGACUUGUUUACGAAUAAUAAAUCUUGAUGUGUUUUGUUCAAAUAUUUCCCAAACUCUUAGAUUACAUGAUGAGCUCCGGUGGACAAUGGGAUAUAAAUCCCAUAUUCAUCAUUUCAUUCAAUUUUUGAAAGUGUCUUGGGGAGCUACUUCUCUUCUGUUCUUAUCACAACAUUUGUAUGAGAAACUUAUAUCAUUGGAAAUGA